AUAUGAAUUAUUUUUGUUACUCCUUGUCACGAGGUGGAAAUCAGAAUAUUUGAGCCCUAAUUUCUGGUAAAAUCGGCCAAGAUUGAAGAAUGUCGGGUGUUGCAAACACGCAGCAGGAGGAAGACAAGAAGCCUAACGAUCAAUCGGCGCAUAUCAACCUGAAGGUCAAAGGCCAGGAUGGAAAUGAGGUUUUCUUUAGGAUUAAAAGGAGCACUCAGCUGAAGAAACUGAUGAAUGCUUACUGUGAUCGACAAUCCGUGGAUCUGAACUCCAUUGCCUUCCUAUUUGAUGGUCGUCGUCUUCGUGCCGAGCAAACUCCCGAUGAGCUAGAGAUGGAGGAUGGAGAUGAGAUUGAUGCAAUGCUGCACCAGACCGGUGGGUCAACCCUUUGGAAUACAUGUUCUACUGCUCUGUAGAUUCGCAGAAGACUUCCCGAAGUAACUUAAAAUUUGAACACUUUCGUUGACAAGGGAGAAAAUCUAAGUUUAAUCUUUGUUUUGAGGUCUAUAUUAUCUUCUCGGAUCAAUCGUUCUUUUUAAAGCUUUGGAGGUACAUGGGUGUGUAUUUUACUUGAACUUUGUACUUAAAGCUCUUUUUAUUCU